AUGCGGCACGCGAAAUUCAGCUUCCCCAAGAGGGACUGCAGCGCUCGGAGUCGCACCUUCCGCAAACCCACCAUCUCGCAAAGCUCGGCCUUGAGGCCUUCCAGCUUGUCCAGCGGCAGCCUACAUUCCAUCAUUUCCAAAUCGAUCAUGAUGCCCAAGAAUUGGAUGACCGACCUCGGUCCUUCCGUUUUCUCUGGUGCCAGCGGCACGCCAAACCGCUCCGCCAUGUGUUCCAACGUGGCCAACCAUACGGCGCAAAUCCGUAACCUCACCAAAGUGUCCAAGCCGUUGCCUGGGAAAUGCAUAGAACACAUUCCCGGCGGCUCACACUCUCCUCCCUGCCUUCCUCUACACUCUGCCUGUCUUUAUAUUCUAGCUGAACCAACAACUUUCUCUGAGAGUCGAGGAGAUGGCCAACGACACCCUACGCCACUGACCAACACCACUGGCAAUGUCCGCCCAGGAUCAUUCCUGAGUCCAGACAAAGUUGGGAUCAUCUCAGCCGCCAUGUCUCGGCGACGGUUGGAGGAAGCCAUUCUUAGAUCCAAGGAGUUGGAGAGCUCUGGAGAGAGCGUAGAGGAGGGCUCUGACGAUGAUGAGAGAUAUGGAGAACUCUUUGUAAGAUACCGCAUCCCGCUGAGCAAAGACACACACAGUAUUUACAGCCUCCGCUUCUCCCCUAGUGGAAAACAACUGGCUGUGGGAUUUGGAAAUGGUGCCAUUCAGAUCGUGAACACAGAGAGCGGCUCUCUGUCCUCAACUCUAUUCCCCGGACAUCGCACCAGGCAAGCCAUCACCGCGCUCAGCUACCACCCAAAGAACAACAACAUCCUGGUGGGGGCCGGAGCGGACGGCCUGGUCUCCUUUUAUGACAUCCAGUCUCAGAUAAAUGUUCUCACUCUAACAGAGCCAGAGAAUGAGAUCCAUGCCAUGGAUUACAGCAUGGACGGUAGUGUUUUUGCCACAGCUGGGAAAGACCGCCACAUUCGUCUGUAUGACAGUCACACUAGUGAGAUUCUGAACACCUUGAUGGCCCCGGAUUUCCACCAUGACUAUGACCUGAGCCUGACCAGCGGCCACACACGCAGAAUCUUCGCACUGAGGUUCCACCCUUCUGAAUAUCACAUCUUCCUAACUGGGGGAUGGGAUGACUCCAUCAAGAUCUGGGACAAGCGCAUGGCGAAAGAAGCGCGGCGUGUCAUUAACGGCCCUCACAUCUGCGGCCCUGGAAUAGACAUCAGGAACAACUAUGUCCUCACCGCCUCAUGGGUGGCACGCAACGCUCUGCAGCUGUGGGACUUCCGUACCGGCAAUCUGCUACAAGACAUCCCGUUUCCAGCGCCCCACCUUCAGGGCGAGUUCCUGUACGCAGCCAGAUUCUGUACGGAUAGCGUGGUGCUGGCUGGGGGGAGCGGAACCUGCAGUGCUCGUGCAACCAAUAUCAAGACUCAAGAGGUCCUUGGAGAGGUGUCCUUGUCCCACAAAGCUGUGCAGGCAGUAGACGCUGCCCCUAGUGGCCAGGCCAUGGCAGUAGCAGGAGUUGGAGGAAAUCUUCACAUCGCAGAGCUCUGCUGACUUUAAAGAUAGGAUGAUUGUCAAGGCCAUAUUGACCAAAAGAUGUAGAGUGCAGGGUUUUUUGGAUUUUUUUGGAGACGUUACAUUUUUUUUUAAGCAGGUUCAUUAACUUUAUUGUCUAAUGUAGUUCUAUGUAUCAGUCCUUUAAAGCGUUAAUAAGUUGCAUUUCUAUGUAUUCUUUCUUUGCAAUGUAUCCAGUAAAUAUAGACGAUGGUUAAGCCUC